UACUUAGCUAACUCCAUUGCAUCAGAAUAUUCAUUCCUUCUCUAUGUCAAGUUGUCAACCGCGCAGCAAAUGAAGAUGUCUCCACCAUCGCCGCCGUCGAUGAAGAACCAAUCUCCGACAGCCUCAAAACACCCUAUCUCCCCAUCCCCGCUACCGAACUUCCUCUGCCACCUCUUCCUAAUCGUCUCCGCCCUCACAUUCGUAUUUCUCCUCUGCUUCCAUAACAAGACCUACUCCUUCAUCCUCCAAAUCUCGACCACCCAGUUCUCCUUCUUCACCGCGCAGUCGCCGCUCCAGCAGCCUCCGCUGGAUGUGCAGGAUCCGCCGAGCUUCGCGCACGGGAAGAGCGAAGAGGAGCGGCUAAUGGCGCCUAAAAUCCAAGAAAUUCCUCCUCCGCCGUCCUCGCCGCCGCCGUCUCCGGGGGGCGACGUGGAUGUGCAGGAGCCGCCGGACUUGGCGCAUGGGAUGAGCGAUGAGGAGCUGCUGUUGAAAGCGUCGAUGGCGCCUAAAACCCAAGAAUUGCGCGUGCCAAAGGUUGCGUUCAUGUUCUUGACGAGGGGACCGGUGGUGCUGGCCCCGCUGUGGGAGCUUUUUUUCAAGGGGAGCCGCGGGCUUUUCUCGAUUUACGUCCACUCCAACCCUUCGUUUAAUGGAUCGGAGCCCGAGGGUUCAGUGUUCCAUGGCCGGAGAAUUGCUAGUAAGGAGGUAGAGUGGGGGAAUGUGGACAUGAUUGAAGCUGAGCGAAGACUACUAGCAAAUGCCCUUCUUGAUUUCUCAAACCAAUACUUUGUCCUCCUCUCCGAAUCAUGUAUCCCUCUCUACAAUUUCUCUACUAUAUACUCCUAUUUACUCAACUCCACCCACAACUUCGUGGAGUCUUACGAUCUGGAGGGGCCCGUGGGGCGCGGCAGAUACCACCGCGACAUGGGCCCCACCAUCACACUGAACGACUGGAGGAAGGGGUCCCAGUGGUUCCAGAUGGACAGAAGUCUCGCCAUAGAGGUCGUUUCAGACAAGACGUAUUUCCCGAUUUUUCAGUACUACUGCAGCGGUUCGUGCUAUGCGGACGAGCACUACCUGCCGACUUUCGUGAACAUGAAAUUCGGAGAGAGGAACGCGAACCGGACGUUGACUUGGGUCGAUUGGUCGAGGGGAGGGCCCCACCCCUCCAAGUUCAUUAGGCCGGAUGUGACCAAUGAGUUUUUGGAGAGGCUGAGAAGUGGGAGUAGCUGCGAGUACAAUGGGAGAAAGACGAAUGUUUGCUUUUUGUUUGCGAGAAAAUUCACUCUAAAUGCUUUGGACAGGCUGUUGAGGGGAAGACAAUCCAACAUGUUACUUACAAGCCAUGGCAAUUCAAAUUCAAGUAAAUUAGAUGUACAAAGUUGCCUCAUUUAA